AUGACGGAAGAGAAUCGAUACAGCUAUGAUCGAUUCCACUCGGUGUCUGAGCCCAUUUCCGAGGUGGACGAGACAAACAGUAGCCAGGAGAACCUAGAUCUAGAGGAGGGUUCGAUCAAGAAACGACCGACAUACCUCAUCAACGCUGUUACCGUAGCCUUGACGGUAGCCCUUGUCCUGACCCUGGUCGGACUAGGCUGUCAGGCACUGGCACAAGAGAUUGCCACUGACGGCAGCUGGUCUCGUAUCUUCUUGCUACUGACUGCGCUGCCGCAAAUCUUUGUCAGUUUGUUCUUUUGCCAAUCUCUCAUCAACACCAUCUUUCAACUCCUCGGUCCCGUCAGUCAGUUGAAGGUCAACUCAAAAUUCUACUCGGCGAAUCCUGUAAAGCGCCUCCAUAUCAAGAACGGACCACUGCCGCAUGUCACCAUUCAGUGUCCUGUCUACAAAGAAGGCCUCAAAGCCGUCAUUGAACCAACCGUAGAGUCACUCGAAGCAGCAAUCCGCAACUAUGAGUCUCAUGGCGGUACUGCCAACAUUUUCAUGAACGACGACGGCAUGCAGUUACUUUCACCGGAAGAGGCUGCAGAACGACGCGCAUACUACGUGGCCCACAAGAUCGGCUGGGUGGCUCGGCCAAAACACAAUCCCAGCGGUGAGGGACUGCAAAGGUUCAUCCGGCGGGGCAAGUUCAAGAAGGCGUCCAACAUGAACUAUGCUCUCGGCAUCAGUCUGAAGGUGGAAGACAAGCUGGUCAAGGUUGAUCGCAGUGUAGCUUGGACACAGACCGAGGAAGAGGAAGCGUACCAGAAAUGCCUCUCCGGGGUGCUCGAUGAAGAACUGGGCCGGGCCUGGGCAGAAGGAGAUAUUCGCGUUGGUGAUUACAUCCUGAUUGUCGACUCAGACACGCGUAUCCCUGAGGAAUGCAUGAUCGAUGCGGUCAGCGAGCUCGAAGAAUCCCCUCAAGUCGCCAUCAUCCAGUUCUCCUCGGGCGUCAUGAACGUGACGACCAGUUACUUUGAAACUGGUAUCACUUUCUUCACCAAUCUCAUCUAUACUGCUAUCCGCUACGCCGUCGCCAAUGGUGACGUCUCUCCCUUUGUCGGCCACAAUGCUUUUCUCCGCUGGUCCGCGUUACAAGAAGUCAGUUUCAAGGAAGAAGACAACGCACACGACGAUGAGGGGAGCCUGUCACCCGACGAGAAAGAUCCCAACUCCACCACGCCGUAUGAAAAGUUCUGGUCCGAGUCGCAUGUCUCGGAAGACUUUGAUAUUUCUCUCCGUCUCCAGACCAUGGGCUACCACAUCCGCCUAGGUGCCUACUGCGGGGAUGGGUUCAAGGAAGGCGUGUCUCUGACCGUCUACGACGAACUCGCCCGCUGGGAGAAAUAUGCCUACGGCUGUAACGAGCUUCUCUUCCACCCCAUCAAGUUCUGGUGGAAACGCGGGCCUUUUACGCCCCUCUUUCUGCGCUUCAUCUUCUCCAAUAUGCCUCUGGGCUCCAAGAUCACCAUCCUCGCUUAUAUCGGAACCUACUACGCCAUCGGCUACGCAUGGAUCGGCACGCUUCUCAACUACUUUCUCAUCGGCUGGCUCAAUGGCCACCUCGACCACUACUACAUGAACAGCUGGCGCGUCUGGGUCGCCUUGAUUGUUGUCUUCUCUGGCGCUGGAAACCUCGCUCUUGCCAUAGUUCGCUAUCGCGGUGAACAAUGCAGCCUGAUUCAUCAGAUCUGGAUCUGCUUUCGCUGGGUGCCGCUUCUCUUCAUCUUUCUCGGCGGCAUCUCUAUGCACGUCUGCCAGGCUAUCCUAUGCCACAUGUUCUCCAUCGAUAUGAGCUGGGGCGCCACCGCCAAAGAGGUCACUGACACCUCUUUUUUCAUUGAGAUGCCCAUCAUCGCCCGUCGCUUCAAAUUUGUCUUCAUCUUUUGCAUCGCCAUGACCGCUUUGAUCCUCUGCGGCGUCUACGUCUUUCCCUAUCUCUGGAGAAUCGACCAGCUCAUUGCUAUUUUCCCGCUGGCAUGCAUUAUUUUCAGUCAUUUCCUGUUGCCAGUGUUGUUGAACCCAGCAUUGAUGAAGUUUACCUGGUAA